GCCACAUCUCCCUCUCUCCCCCUGUAUCGCUCUCAACUGGGAUUGCAGAGAGAAAGAAUCACUGUCUCAUGCUCUGACCUCCUCGGUUUCCUUCAGAGAGGGAAGGAGCAGAAGAAAAAUCCCACCUAGGGUUUGUUUUGUUUAGAGACUGAUGAGUUCAUUAAUCUCUUAUAGGGGUCUCGUCCAGUUAAGGUUGAGCUUAAUUAACUUGAGAGUGAAGUGAAAGGGUGUUUUCAUUCUGAUGCCCAUGUCUCCCAUGUGGUUAUGGGCCAUUAUGCUUGCGUAACUGUGGUUUUUGCUGCUGCUGUGUGGUGUGUUGCUUAUGCUGUAGUGGCAAUCCUUGGACCUCUCCGUCUCUUCAAUAUUCCUUUUGAUUUUAUUCAUCCUUGGUAAUCAAGUUUGGUAUUUACCAUGGGUUAUGCGCAACUUGUUAUGGGCCCUGCAGGCAGUGGAAAGUCCACUUACUGCUCUAAUUUGCACCAACAUUGUGAAACCAUUGGGCGGAGAGUGCAUAUUGUUAACCUGGAUCCUGCUGCAGAACACUUUGACUAUCCUGUGGACAUGGAUAUCAGGCAACUCAUAUCUUUGGAUGAUGUUAUGGAAGAGCUUGGCUUAGGCCCAAAUGGGGGUCUUAUCUACUGCAUGGAGCACCUGCAAGAUAAUUUGCAAGAUUGGCUGGCAGAAGAAUUGGAGCAUUAUACGGAUGAUGAUUAUCUUGUUUUUGAUUGCCCAGGUCAAAUAGAACUGUUUUCGCAUGUUCCUGUCCUAAGGAAUUUUGUUGAUGAAUUAAGGCGCAGGAGUUUCAAUGUUUGUGCUGUUUACUUGCUUGAUUCUCAGUUCAUGACGGAUGUGACCAAGUAUAUAAGUGGCUGCAUGGCAUCUCUUUCGGCAAUGGUUCAGCUUGAACUUCCCCAUGUUAAUAUUCUCUCUAAGAUGGACCUCGUUACGAACAAGAAAGGACUUGAUGACUAUUUAAAUCCAGAGGCACGGGUAUUGCUGUCAGAAUUGAAUCAACAUAUGGCACCAAAGUUCACAAAACUGAAUGAAGCUUUGGCAGAGCUGGUUGAUGAUUACAGCAUGGUGAAUUUCUUGCCUCUUGACUUGAGGAAGGAAAGUAGCAUCCAAUUUGUGCUUUCGACGAUUGACAAUUGCAUCCAGUUUGGAGAAGAUGCAGAUGUGAAGGUUAAAGAUUUUGAUCCAGAUGAUGAUGCUGCAAGUGGUGAUGAAUAACCCCAUUCUAUGGAACCGAAUAAAAAACCAUUUUAUUUUCAGCAUGGAUUGGUGUUUUGCAUGUGUUACAAUUUUGGUUCUGUGUGGGUUUGGCAGGACGGUAAUUGAGCCCCUCGCCUUGCAUAUGUGAAAGGGAUUCUGGGGCAACGGGAGCUCGACCCUGAGAUCAAAAUCUGUAUGGUUCAACAGGUAUUGUUGAAAAACGUCCAAGGAAGAAACGGGUUUCAUGGAAUGUUUUAAAAUCCUCCGUUUGCUUACAAUGGAAAAAAUAAGGAGACCCCUUAUCACGUUGGGACUGUAAAGAAUUUUCUUGAAUUUUCCGUGGCUUAGCUCCAUCACAUUAUAUAUGCACAUGGAUGAUUCCCACU